UUGGUCUCGUGUUACUCGAGUGUUACCUCACCGCUAGCUAGAGAAAACAUAUUGCUUGCCAGAAUGUCGACGGUUUGUUCACUAUGCCACGCAAGAAGACGGUCGCUGUUUCUCAUGUUUAUUCUUUCGCUGGCCCAAGAGAUAAAGUCACUGUCAUACUGUGGUGACGGUUCGUAUAGCCUCGAGCGGGCACGCCCUCUCGAUGUCUAUCUCCUGCCAAAUACAUACGUCACUCUCAAGCCCUAUUACCGUCUGCCAAAAGACGGCAACAUUACGUGGUUUGCUGCGGGUAACAGAACGGAUGUGCUGGUGAAGAACAGCAGACGAAAAGGAGAAAACUUGGUUGUCGGUCCCAUGACAAUGGAGCUACAUCACAUACGGGUUUGGUACGUCAUGCAUUAUAGAAUACAGGGGAAAGCGAGAGCUCGAGAAUACGUUAGUAAACAAGCGACUCUACGUUGUUCAGGAAGUAGUGUUGACGUAUGCAAAUCACCUGGCUACGACCUCCAUCAAAUCGUGGAAGCGAAAGAAGGACAAACACAACCGGUUUACUGCUACACAUUCCAGCUACCGUCAACGCAACGUCAAGGAGAUCUCCCUAUAGUUCACGAAGUGCUUUACAAGGAAAAUGUAAAACGCGUGGCAGUUCCGCUCGAUCGAUAUUACUAUAGGAACGGUUGUCUGUGGAUGGACUCUAUACAAAAGGACGACAGUGGGAAAUAUUUGAUACUUUUCUUCAGCUGUUUUGAAGAUAGAUCUAUUUCGCGCAUCUAUUUCUCCCUAUUUGUUAAUACAACAACAACAACAACAACAACAACAACAACAGAUAUUUCAUCUUCCAUUGUUCCUAGUCUGGCGCUAAAACGCUCGAUAAGCAGCACAAACCACAAAGCAAAAGCACAAACGACGCGACCACCAAUGACAAGUAUAAUCACAACACAACACACAUACAAACAGACAGAAACGCACCAAACAAAAGCAACAAGAAAAACAGCAGAAGUAACAAAAGCAGCAGCAAAAACAACAAAAACAGCAGCAGCAACAACAACAAAAACAGCAGCAGCAACAACAACAAAAACAGCAGCAACAACAACAACAAAAACAGCAGAAACAACAAAAACGGCAGUAGAAGCAACAAAAAUAGCAGCAACAGCCACAAUAAAAGCAUCAGCAGCAACAACAACAACAACAACAACAGCCAGUUCUGAUUUAUCACCUGACACAUUGCAAAUCUCUUUGAGCUACAAUGGAAGUUCUUUGGCAUUGAACAGAUCAACAAUCACGCUCUCUGCAUUUACCACAUUGACGUUGCAGUACAAUGUGUCUGGAGCACGUCACAAAACUACACUAACGUUUCUUUACAACAAACAAGUUACGAGACGUUUUCUUGUCUAUCCUCCAUUCCUCAUUAUGACAAACCUUCAACCAGCAGACAGUGGAUUGUACCAAGUCAUGGCUAAAGAUGGUAAAGAGAGCACAACCCUUUCCUUUACUCUUCAAGUUCCUAAAAGAAACAACUCGUUUCAAUCAUGUGACAGUUCCUUGCAGCUAGAGAGUAAGUGCAGUUUGUCAAUUCAGUUCAAGAAUGGACAGUUGUAA